CGUGAUUAGAGGUAACUAUGACAACAGCUAAACAAACAGCCAGUCACGAUUAGAGCCAGCCAGUCGGUGAAUGAGUGUGUGAGGAUUCUUUACCAAAAACUCUGCAGAAUAUGGAUACCAUUCCUUUGAAGUCAUCCGUCGAAGUGUCCGAGUCUCGUAACAAAUGUCUCUUGAAAAACUGGUUCGAAGAGAGAAGAGUCCUAGAGUUAAAAGAUGAGAAUGUUUUACCAUCUGGUAUUGAUGAAUUACGUUACGGACAUCCGGGUAUUUUUACACUCGAGGAACGUGCACAGUUUUCCAGAGAGAGCACUUUCCGAGGCUCCUACAAACCGCCCUGUGUACCGAAGUUUAGGGAGCAAGGUGUGAGAAGAGAAGUGCUUGAAAAGAUGAUGUCAAAGGAAGCGUAUGCAAAAAUAAUGGAUGACAUCAGCCCUAAACCGUAUCAGGCAGAUUAUAAAACAAUGACAGAAGAAUAUUACCAUCGAGAUUUUGUUUGCGAAGCACCUAAACCUACCAAGCCCCACAAUUUUCGCGUCGAGCAACCGGUUUCUUAUUGGACGGAGAUGGCUCACAAACUCCACGGUGUCAGCAUGAUAACAUCGAAGGAUGGUGUCUUCCACAAGAACGAUGCCUUCUCCACCCCAGUCAAUGUGUCCCUGGGGAAACAGUUACCAUAUGAAGAGAGUCAUCUAACUUAAAAUACACAGCAGCAGCAGCAGCAGCAGUGUGGUUGGUGAAAGAAAAGAAAGUGAGAAAGAACUCAAUAAAGAACGAAAUGUGA